AUGUUGCCCUACAACCAACCAUACAACUAUCCGCAGCAGCCGCAGGCGUUGAGGCCUUUGGGCGUCAACCAGCAGCAGGAGCAGCCGUUGCUCAGCACGCUUCUCGCGGAGCUUGAAACGUCACAGGCGCAACAGAAACAGCAGCAGCAGCCGGCACCGGUGGCGCUCCAGCCAUGGCAGCAACGGGUGAAGGAACGGGAGCAGAAUAAUGCGGCGCAGCAGAAUGCGUACCGGCAGAAGCAACAGUCGUUUCCCAAUGCGUUCGUCCAGCAGCAGCGGUUUGGACAACAGCAGAAGCAGUAUGGACAGCAGCAGCAGCUUGGACAACAGCAGCAGACUGGACAUCUUCAGCAGGUGUAUCAACAGCGUAUGGACCUCAAGCGCAAGCAGCCGCACCAUGGUCCACAGUCGCAGGUCGGAAAGAUCCAGCAGUUCGGUCAGCAGCAGAAGCUUCAGCAUCACCAGCGGCCGUAUUACCAGCAGAAGAUGAAGCCGCAGCAGCAGCAGCAGCAGCAGCAGCAGCAGCAGCAGCAGCAGCAGCAGCAGCCGCAGCUGAAGCGUGACGCACCACAGACAUCGAUAGACACCACCUACCUAGACUCCGAGGUCAACCGCCUCAACAAGCUCAUCGAACUCUGCACAAAGCUGUACAUGUCCACGCUGCCGCUCCUCCCGCAGCAGCGCCGGCCGCAGCACCAGGUUAUGUGCAACAACCUGGCAGCCUUUGGGCGUCUGUGCAUCCCCAACAAGGACGACCCCGCGCUGCCGUUGCGGCAGCAGGUGUAUGCAACGCUGAAGGAGGCGGCGGUUAUGGGAAAGGUUGCUGAUAUUAUUCACAUCCUUUUGGAAAUCAACAGAUACCGCAACCGCCAGCGGACCGACGAGGCGAUGGCUGUGCUCCGAGAGGCCGGGCACAUGCUCACUAUCCCCGCGAUCACCUCGGUGAUCACUGCGGCUGAUAAUCCCAAUCUGAAGUGUCCGCAAUUCGAUCGCGCGACGAAUUCUAUGCGCUUCCAUAUCGUCUGCGGACUAGUGGAGACUUAUGUCGCUGUACUCGGUAUUAACGAGGCGAUUUGGCGGUGGAAGCAGAUGUAUUUGGAGUCGAUGGGGGAGGAGCAGCUGCUGAUGACUUAUGGCGGUUGUGUUCGUGCGGGUCCCAAGAAGGAAGAGAAGAGAGAGACGGAUGGUUAUGUCCAGGCCAGGGAUGAUGAUGAGGAUGGUUAUGAACCCAAUCUCUAA